GCUGUCAGCUCAGUCAUUUCCCACUCCUCUGCGCGCUCAAUUAGUUCUUAAACUUAGUAAACACCAACAGUAUUACGCAUUUCCAUUUAAAUUUUUGUCAACCCACACACACACAUCUGUUCCGAGAGGCUUCCUCGAGUGAGCGAUAAGCAACAAGUGUUCACCGACCCAUUCAAUACGCCAAAGAAGGAGAAACUUUAGAAAACAAAACUAUACUAUUAUUGUUCGGUUCUCCAGCUGCUGCGCAAGCCUUUUGUUUAUUCUGCUGAAAUACUAGACACGAAUCAGUGCACGGUACGGAACGUGGCACUUUGUUUCGAGGGUGUGUGCAUCUCUGCUGUAAGAGCAAGUAAACAAUUAACAGAGAAGAAGAUUCUGGCAGUGGAGCGAGCGACAGCUAGGGAAGCAAUUAAGAAACUUGUUUUCCCCAACUGCUAGCCAGAACUCCGAUAAGUGUCUCAGCCGCAACACGUACAUACCUAAUUUAUAGUAGAGACUAUACCCAAUAACAAUACCAGGCAGCGGCUAGCACAGAAGACAUAAUGAUUGCCGGCUACGGACCCGUAACUCAGGCCCUGCUGGGCACCCUGCUCACCUGGGGACUGACGGCCGCCGGUGCCGCCCUGGUGAUAUUUGUGCGCGGUACGCAGAGAAGGUCGCUGGACGCGGCCCUUGGCUUUGCGGCUGGCGUCAUGAUUGCCGCCUCGUUCUGGUCUCUGCUCAAGCCGGCCAUUGAAAUGGCCGAGAGCUCUCACCUGUACGGAGUGUACUCGUUUUUGCCCGUGUCCGGUGGCUUUCUGCUUGGAUCCUUUUUCGUCUACGGCUGCGACAAGCUGAUGUCCUAUCUGGGCCUGAACAGCACCAAAAUGAUGAUUCAGAUGACGCAGUCGAGCAAGGACAAGGCGGACAUUGCCAUCGAGGACCUGAAGCGGAAUGGCGCCGGCGAACGCCUCGCCUCCAAGAGUUUGGAAAGCUUCUCCGACUGCUUGAGCGUGCAGCACAGCGGCGAGUCGCGUCGCCGCAAGAAGGGCAGCAUCAACGAGAUGGAGCAGUGCACCUACACCACCACCGAGGAGGAGAAGCGCGCCGAGGAGGCGCUCUCGCAAUGGAAGCGCAUCAUGCUGCUGGUGGUGGCCAUCACCGUGCACAACAUUCCCGAGGGAUUGGCGGUGGGCGUGAGCUUCGGAGCCAUCGGCACCUCCAACUCAUCCACGUUCGAGAGCGCCCGCAACCUGGCCAUUGGCAUUGGCAUUCAAAACUUUCCAGAGGGUUUGGCCGUCAGUCUGCCCCUGCAUGCCGCCGGCUUCAGUGUGGGACGAGCUCUGUGGUACGGACAGUUGUCCGGAAUGGUGGAACCCAUCUUUGGUGUGCUGGGCGCCGUGGCUGUGACGUUUGCCAACCUCAUACUGCCCUAUGCGCUGUCGUUUGCGGCCGGAGCCAUGAUCUACAUUGUGUCGGACGACAUCCUGCCUGAGGCGCAUGCCAGCGGCAAUGGAACGAUUGCCACGUGGGGCACUGUAUCCGGAUUUCUGAUAAUGAUGUGCCUUGAGGUGGCGCUCUCAUGAGAGGGGGGGCUUCCGAUACCAAAACUAGAAAAUGCCUGCCUCGCUCCGCCGGCGCAGGACUCGCAACAUAGUGUAAUGCAAGGAUUCCAUUGUACUUAACGCUUAUUCCUUUUAUGUAAAUAGAAACCGACUCGCGCAUGUGUGUGCAUGCAGCAUUGUACAAAUCUCAGAAAUACGUGGGCCCCGGCAGCGCCACGUGGACCCGUGCCCAGCAGCAAGCAGUUCCCCGUAAACGUGAAUCUAAUAAUCUAACUUAGAGUUAAAUGUUCCAUAAAUAUGCCAGACGACUGGGCCUGCACAGCACUGUAUCUGCAUCUACGAGUGCAUUCCAGCAAAAUAUGUAAAUGAGGCGAAGAUCUGUUGUAUUCUCGGAAAGAAUACAAACAGACGUGCAUCUGAAUUAGGUUUUAAGUUGUCAGCAGCGACCAGUGUGGCUUGUAUGUUUUUAAACUGUCUAAUAUGUAAGCAAUAAAACGUAAUGUAUGCAAAACGAUCAGUGCAUCU